AUUAUUAUGAUUUAAUAUUCAUAGUUAAAUUAAAGUUCUACAACAGCAGAGACCAGUGACUACUUACUACUCAGUACUUUUAAGUCAUAAAUUGUAAUCAGAAAACGUUUAAUCACGAAUAACAUCUUACGACAAUAAAUAAUAAUAAUAAUAAUUUUAUUUUAAUACUGGCAAGUGGUGAUAGAUCGGUCUCCUAGGUCACGGUUUGUAUUGCUAAACAUACGCACAGAUUUGUAUAUAAUUUAUUAAUAAUCUUAAAAAAUAUCUACCAAAUCAUACGGUUUUGGCAGCGAUAAAAUCGUUGUUUGUAUAAUAAAUUGUUCACAAACCAAUUUGCACGUUCAAAACUACACGACUACUAUCAAUGGCGGACGAGCUGAUCAAUUACAAAUUGCAACUGCAGCAGGUAGAAGCAGCAUUGACAAAUAGCCCUGAUGACCCAGAACUUAUAAAAUUGAAAACUGAUUUAGAAGAAGUUAUUGAAUUAACAGCUGAACUUGUAAGAACGCAAACUCAACCAAAAAAAGAAAUUGUUCAAACAAAAAAAGAAUCAUCGUAUCAACCUGAUAUAUUACCAUCUGUUGCAAAGACGAAAGGUGAAUGGAAAUCAGGAGACAGAUGUUUGGCACAGCUAGCAGAUGAUGGUAAAUUUUACGAAGGUACUAUUGAGACUAUUGAUGGAGAAGCGGUAGCAGUUUUAAUAGAUGGACAAAAAGCUGCUGCUGUAACAACACUAGAUUUUAUUAAAGAUUUGCCCAGAACUCAUCCUAAUGAAAUGAAACACAAAAAACAACCUGUAGCCAAGUAUAGAGAAUAUCAAAAAAAAAGAAAACUUGCUAAACAGCAGAGAUUUAAACAGUUAGAAGAAGAACGUGAAGUUGAAAAAAAUAAAUGGCUAGCAUUUGCUACUAAAGGUGUGAAAAAAGGCAUACCGAAAAAAAGUAUAUUUGCCUCUCCUGAUAAUGUUAAUGGACGAGUUGGUAUUGGUACCUGUGGCUUGGGUGGAAAAGGUAUGACAGAAUUUCCAACCGCUGAGAAAAGAAAAAAAUAAGACUGCAAUCAAUGCAUUGUAUUUUAAAUUUUGUAAAAAAAAUUAAGGCUAUCAUAUCAACAUGCUUAUUUUACCUUUAUUAAUUGUAUUCUUUUUUUCACAUUUAAUGUUUUAAUGUAUAUUUUUCAUGAAUAUAAAUUAUGUGUAAUUAAAUUAAA